UCCAUGCUGAAGAAGAUAUGAUCAUUAGUGUAUGCUAAAGUUCAUUUUUGAGCAUCCAGCUUAUUUCCAAAAGUAGGAUUAUGUUUGUUUAUUGUAUACAAACAAAAUGCUUCAAAUGUCAAAGAAGGACGAAGCCGUAAUUUGUAGACUAAUUAAAAAAAAGUAAUUUAACUUUUAGUUAUUAUCAUCACCCCUUUAUGCCGAGCGCCAAUGUUUGCUAAACUCUACUCAGUGCUCUGCAACUGCAGGACUUGGGCAUUUUCGAUUCUUAUAAGCAGCUACAUCCUCUUCAUCAUUUUCGGAGGUUCGGUCCUCAUGGUUCUGGAAGAACCGAAGGAAACGCAGUUGCGGAGCUCCUUGCGCAUCCUGCGAAGCCGCUUCCUGCAGGCGCACACCUGCGUGUCAGACGAGCAGCUUGAAACCUUCACCGAGCAGGUGCUUCGUGCUCAGAAGUUUGGAAUCCCCGUUUUGAUCAACGAAGACGAUAGGAACAAUUACGAUUUCACGUCAUCUCUGUUUUUCCUCACCGCGUUUCUCACAACUACCGGUUAUGGUGAAACAGUACCCAUUUCAGAUGGUGGAAAAGUAUUCUGCAUAAUCUACAGCUUGCUGGGAAUUCCCUUCUCAGUUUUCUUGCUAGCUUGUAUCAUACAGAACCUGAUGUUGUAUCUCAUAUGGCGACCCAUAAAUUAUGUCCACACACGCUGGGGUUACUCAGUUGGCACCAUCAAACUGCUAAGCACUCUGCUACUGUCGACUCUGGUUGUUACCUGCUUCUUCAUCAUUCCUGCUGGAAUCUUUACACAAGUAGAAGACUGGAGUUUCAUGGAGUCUUUAUACUUUUGCUUUAUCUCACUAAGCACUAUUGGAAUUGGAGAUAACAUUCCUGGAAAUGCCAAAAACCAAGCGAUACGACAGGCAUUUGAAUUUGGCAUAUCUUGUUAUCUUAUUCUGGGCUUGAUAAGCUUGAUGUUGGUCCUUGAGACACUUUCAGAGGUGCCAGGGAUCCAUCGGUGUUUAAGUUUAUUCCAGAUGGCGCCAGAGAAAGAAGAUGAACAGCAGAAAGUUUUACAGGAGGCUGAGGGCAAGUCUAAAGAAGUCAGUCCUCAUGAUGAAAGCUAAAGUACCCAGAACUUUUGCAUUGGCAUACCAGACAAAAAACGUCUUGAGCCUAUGAAAAGUUAGUAUGCAGUGGUAAAAGGAAAACUGUAAUAUUUUAAGAUAAUUUAUUUAAAAUUCUCUGCAUAAAUUGCAAAAGGUGAAAAUGACAAUACAAUGUUCAUACAUGUUUACAUUAGUGUAUAAUAAAGUAAUAUAAUUAGCAAUAGUCUAGAAAGUUCCACACUUACUGUUGUUGUCAAAAUAAAAUAUUUUGUUUCCCUGAC